AACCGCCAGCAAUGGGAGAACUUCCAGCAGCAGCAGCAGGAACAAAGAGAGGAGCAAAGAGGGCGAGAAUUUCAGAAAUUGAAAAGGGAUAAGUGGAAGGAGAAAAUGUUGGGCUGGUGCCAGGCGAUAGCUCGUAAUCCUCACAGACUCCCAAACAGCACAAGAACCCCUGAAGUCACAGGUGAUGCUACACAAAUCUCUGCCUUGAAUGAGAAGUCUCCAGGCCGCUCUACAAGUCGAUCAAGUAACAUUUCAAAGGCAAGCAGUCCUACCACAGGAACAGCUCCCAGGAGCCAGUCCCGGUUAUCGGUCUGCCCUUCUACUCAGGACAUUUGUAGAUCUUCCACCUUGCAUGACAUAUCAGAAGAUAAGUUUGAAAAAUCACCUGUCAUGGUGCUGAAUCCUGCUAGGAAAGAACCUGUUAAGAAACAAGUGAAACGAAGGGUUAGGAGAAGAAAGGAGGCUGAGGAACAUGCUGAUCAUGCAGAACAGCAAAGGAAAGAGAAGGAUGGCAAGUUGCACCUCAAAGUUUCAAAUCCAAGAUGGAAUGACUUGCGCAAAGCAUCAUUUGAUUCCACAUCAUCAGAUGAGAAUCACUGGGCCCUGAUUAGAAAGAAAGAGAGAGCCACCAUGCCUAGAAGAAUGAGAAGACGAAGCACUUCAAACACUCAGCCUGUUGAGCAUUCUGUGAAGAAUACUAUUGAACUUGUCACAAUGAGAACAAAUGCAGAAAAGAAGCCAGAAGAGAAGACAGACCCCAAAGGCCAAACUCUAAAUCACCGUAGGAGAAAGACUUCAAGGUGUAAAGAAACAAACCCCUCAUUAUCAUCUGUGUCCUCUCUGGAUACAAAGAGCUCUUUGAGACAAUGUAGAAAAUAUCAGGGCAAGUGCAGCCACAAGGAUCCAAAGCCUUCAUCUUAUCUUAGGCGAGGAAAAGCAACCAAGGAGGAAAGUGGUUCAGAGAAAGGCUCUGGCAGUGAUAUUUUGACACUUCCAGAAAAUGGAGCACCUGCUGGGACAGGGCCUGCUGUGAACGUCGCAGUUCAGAAACCUCCUGUGUUUUAUGAUGACUUGUCUGAUGAUUUCGAAGUGUGCAGGAUCUGUCACUGUGAGGGAGAUGAUGAAAACCCCCUCAUCACACCGUGUCGCUGCACAGGGACCCUACGUUUUGUUCAUCAAGCCUGCCUGCAUCAGUGGAUCAAGAGCUCAGACACACGUUGCUGUGAACUCUGCAAAUAUGACUUUAUAAUGGAGACCAAGCUCAAACCUCUUCGAAAGUGGGAAAAACUACAGAUGACAACAAGUGAGAGAAGAAAGAUAGUUUGCUCAGUCACAUUUCACAUUAUUGCUAUUACCUGUGUAGUUUGGUCAUUAUAUGUAUUAAUAGAUCGGACUGCUGAGGAAAUUAAGCAAGGCAAUGACAAUGGAGUCCUGGAGUGGCCAUUUUGGACAAAACUGGUUGUAGUAGCCAUUGGGUUCACCGGUGGACUUGUCUUUAUGUACGUACAAUGUAAGGUCUACAUUCAGUUGUGGCGAAGACUGAAGGCUUAUAACCGAGUGAUAUUUGUUCAGAACUGCCCAGAUACUGCCAAAAAACUAGAGGAGAAAAUUUCUUCCUCCAUUCAGAACACUGAAAUCAAAGACACUGUAGUGGUGCCAGUAUCACAGACAAGUACAAUCUCUCAGCAAUCAGGAGAAGAAACUGUUUCUGAUGGCAUGCCAGUUUGAUGAAGCAGCAACUGAUUUUUUCCACUGGAGGAUAAUGGAAUGUCCUUUCUACUGUUCAGACACAGUAAAAUGGCAAAAAUGCUAUUUGAAUGAAGAGCAACAGGAAAUAACCAGGAAAACUGAUCAAAUGAAGAUGCACAUUACCACUGGAAUGUAAUUGCAAAGCAGCUUUUCACCUUUCUUGCUAAGCAUAAUCAAAAGUGGCAAAAAAGAAGAGACAGCAGAGACAGCUUCUAAGAGGCAAACAAACAUAGCAGCACCACUUUUGAUAGCUGAAAAGCCCUGCACUUACAGUUGUACUACUGUGUUCUGUUUACAAGAUGGGUGGGACCCUUAUAUGUAUUUGCUACUAUGGUCUUUUUGCUAAUUAUUGUAAUCUUGAGAGAAAAAUACUUUAAAACAAAUUUUUAAAGAUUCAUAUUAACAUUUAAAAUUAUGUAACAGACAUACACCGAAGCACAAAUUACCUAAAUUUCAUAAUGUGAUAACUUAAAUACUGAGGUGACUAAUUGAAUUCACAUACUAUCUAUGAUUUAGAAAGCUAUGUAAAAGAAAACUUUUCCAAAAUAGUAAACCUUAAGUUUAAAUUUAGUAUUUAAAUAUUUUCUGUGGUCCCCUGUAGACACAGAUGGUAAUUACAUUCCAAGGUUUCUUUCCAAGUUAUAUUUAUCAGGAGCAACAGUUUACUUAAUUGCUGCUUAUUUUUUAAAGCAUAAUAAAGUAAAGAACAAAAAUGGACAAAAAAUUCCUGCCACCUCUAAAACAAUUCUGCUUAAAGGGUAACAUGUUAAAUAGUCAGAGGUAUGAUAGUCCAGGAAGGUAUGUUAGUUUAAUGCAGAUGACCUUGAAAGAUAUUCAGUACUUAUUUAUUAGUGUGUGAAAUAUGCAAAAAGGGUGGGAAAUGGAAAUCUAUUCAUUUGUUUUAAGAGAUCAGGAUAGAACAGACUCUGAAGCUGUUGGGAUAGUCUUAAAAGAGUAAAUAUAGGCAUAAUGUCAGUAUCUUCCUGAUGUACACAUGAAAAAGGCAGAAUGAUUUAAGGGUUGAACAGUUCAGACAUUAUUACUGAGAUUCUAAGAUAUUAACAUAAAACCCAAGUGUGAUGAAAUAAAACAGAAAAUACAAAUCAGUAUAAUGGUGUACCACUCAGCAAUAACUUGUAUGAAAAAAAGAAUGUUGGCAUCUCAUUUCAGAAGACAAAACAAUCUGAUACUCUAAAGAGAAAUAAGUUUCUUCUUCAUACCACUGUUACACUUGUUGAAUGUAUUGUGAGUUGUACCCAAGUAAUGUGAGUUAUACAAGAACAGUGUUAUUAGUAAUAAGGGAGACUUGUGAUAGCAAACUGCAGUGGUUUAAGUCAUUUUAUGAGAAGACUGUAUUUCAUGCUUAAAGAAUGCAGAAAAUUGCUGAUGUUGAAAAGACUCAGGUGAUUUAUGCAACAGAUCUGCUGGAUAACUGCAAAAAGUAGAUUGCCCAUUAACAUCAGGAGGUAACGUCUUUUUAGAAUCAUGGCUUGGUUAAAAAUAUACCAACCUAGCAAAUACUAAUUAUGUAAAAUGAUAUAUUGGCAAAACGUUUAAUCCAGGUGAUCCUUCAUAAAUACUAAGCUGUCAUAUUUCAUAUAAAAGAGAGCAAAGCCCAUUUAACAUUAAACUGUGGUUAAAAUUACUCUCACAACCUCUUUGUGAAAUUUAGAUCACAACACAGUGAGUUGAUGGGUAGAAAAAGAAGUAGGCUCACAGUCUGAAAUACAUUCUAAACUGGACAGUUUUCUUGCCACAGCUGUGGAUAUAGUACAAUUAUAAUUUUGGGGUGUAAUGUGUUUUUCUGCCCAGCUAUAGACAGAUAGCAUAAUAACACUGCUUUGCAAAGAAGGAGAUACAUAUGGCAGAAAGUUUAAAAGCCAAGGUAGAUUCAAUGGGUUGCAUAAGAAAAGACUGAAACAGUAUAAAUUGCCUAAUGUAAUAACAGAAAUGUGGAUUCAGACAAUUGGUUUUCCAGAUUAUAAUUUUGAAGUGUCCAUAAAAGAACUACACGCUAUUAAGGGCACAACAUGUUUUCACCUACAGAUUCCUAUGCAUAUGGAAAGGUUCUAUUAAUUGCUUAGCCCAAAGCCUGCAACCUCAUGGAUACAUGGAGAUUUUGGCACAAUUAUAAAUCAGCAUGCAUUGAGGGGAAUGGUCUGUAUAAACCCCAGUAAAAAGGUGGAAGGUGCUUAUAGAAUAAACUCAUGGCAUCCCAUAAUGGCAUGGUAAUUUCAGCUUUCUUACUUAGAUACUAAGAAGGAAAACAUUUAACUUUUUUCUUCUGAAACUCAAUACAUAGUUGGAAAAGCAACCAUGUAGGAAUAGUUAUCUCGUUAAAAAUAUUAAAAUGGCACUUGUCCAGACACUGCAGUGUUAUACUUUUUUAAUAUCACUUUUAGAUGACUUAUUAGAGAUAAAUUCAAAAAAGUGUUUACAUGGGUGAAAUAAGAUUCCUAUAAAGAUGAUGAAAAUUUAACACUAGGGUAAUGUUGAAUGCCAAAAGAACUUUCAACUCCCUAUGGGGCUGUCACAGGCAUUCCCCUCUGGAUUAUUCUGUUAGCUUUAUCAGCAUAUCUAAGCAGUCUGUUGGUGCUAUUGCUACAGCUGGGAAGCAACUGAUAGUAUGGUUCUGAAAUGUGUACAUUAGUACACACAUCCACCACUAAAUUAGCUGUCAAAUUCUGAAUCUUGCAGUUCAAUGCAAUCUAUGAUGCAAAUAUUUUAUUUGUGUACAAUUGUUGGACCUACAGAUUUGUUACUUGUUUUACCCAGUUCUCUUUUGCAAAAGAGCUUAGAUGCUUUUGUGGAUGACUUGUGUAUUAAAAAGGUUUUUGGGAAGGGGUGGGAACUUAAUAUAUUACUAAUUGUUGUGGAACAAAUUUGUAUUUGUAUUAAACAGAUGCCUCAAGGGUAACUGUAAUUAUUUGCUUUUAAAGUGUAAUAGAUUGUCAUAUAUUUAGAUAGACUUCUUACAGGAAGUUACAUACCAUUUAUAGAUGGUGACACUUCUGCAGAACAACUUUAAUCUUCAAAAAUUGUUUGACAUAAUUAUGUGUGUAUAUACACAUAUAAAGAGAGCCCCUAUACACACCUACACAUACACACACUUUGACAUAUCCAAUUUUGUUAUAUCACACCUUGGAAUUGAAAUGUAUUUGAAAUGGAUUUAAAUGGCAUUCAACAGUGUGAAGGUGCAAAAUGCUUUUACAGUGGCACAGAGGUUAAGUAAAUAUCA